AUGGCCAUGCUACUGAAGCCCAAUUGUGAGGACGUUGAACAAGACCAUAGCGACACGAAAGCCUGCAGUAUCACCCCUUUCUUUCUUGACGUACGAAUACAGACGCUACACGUGGGGUUUUUACAACGAGGCAUGGGAAGAUGCAGCGCAGCGGCUUGUCGUGACAAUACGGACGAAAUUUGUCUCUGGCCAAAAGAGAAACAUCAACAACCACCUCAGAUUGAAGCUGCUCUACAAGGCUACGCUCUCCCGAUUCUCGUGCUCCGGCCGAACAGGGUCCGUUACGGGAAUAUUGCCAUGAGUCACCCACAGUCCCGCCUUCCCGAAAUUCUGAACGGGUUUUACAAUCGAAUCACCCGUCUUGAUGAUUUCGAACGCAGGUUGGAUGAGCGCGCGGCUCGACUUCGUCGAAGAAUUGCCAACGUUCUCGAUCAUGUUCCCGUGCAUCGUCACUCCCAUCUGCGAGUCUUUAUUACGCAUGAUGCGCUCCCCGUAAAACCGGAACCAGACACACCUAAUCCAGACCCCCCGACGAUUGAUUGGACGUUGCAAAUUGAAGGAAAGCUACUAGUUGGCCAUUUGGACUACGCCAGCGCAGCAGCACACGACGCCAGAGUGGGCUUUGUUCCACCAACCGACGAUCUCGAUAGGUCCAAGGCAGAAAAAGAAGAAGAAGAAUUGUCUCCCGUCGAUUUCACCCACUUGUUUGAGAAAGCAAACGUUGAGUUUCAAACAGUGUAUAUGCCUCGACCGAACCCAAUGGCGGCUGCCAAGCCAAAAACACCCACUAAGAAAUCUUCCCGACGCGCCACCAAAUCUCCUUCCGCCACUUUUGAAGAGAAGGAAGUGGAUCCACGAACCUUAUCAGUAUCUCAGACAGCCGAGUUUUGCUGGGAGCGAACCAUGUCCGCAGAUGCGCUAGCGUUUCACGUGAGGUAUACCUCGCCUCCCCCACCUGCACAUAGCCAGCAAAUCCACGCGGCGAUAGCCCAUAUUCAGCUAUACCCAAACGUCGAAGGUCAGGAGACUACGUACCAGGUAUCCAAGGAGCUUGCUGAAGCAUUGUUUCCGAGUCAUGGACCUGGCGUAGUCGGCAGCACGAUAGGAACAAAGCGCAAGAUCGAUGAAGUCGCAAUCGAAAUUCCUUGUCUGGAAAACGAAAUUGAAAUUCCUUCCGGGUUGACUAUGUCGGAAUUGAUUCAAGGUUUUUUUACGUACGUUCAGGAUCGAAAUCUGUGCGACGACUCAGACAUGAGUACCAUUGUUUGCGACGAGGCACUGCAGCAACUCUUUGAGGUCGACCGUAUUCCUUUCUCGCAGAUCCAAGUAAUGCUUGUAACGAAAAAUUUGAUCAGAAAUGUCAGCAAUGAGCCCGUACGAUUGAAGUACAUUCUCAGACCAGACCAAUUUGUUGCGCCGUCGCACAUAUCUUUGGAUAGUCACUUGCCGGCACAGCUUCAACUUGACAUGGAUGUAAACUUGCCAGCUUUCUUUCCCUAUCGUGCCCGGGAGCUAAAGCGACGAAUCAAGAGACGAGAACUAGAAUACACGAGCUCACGUACCAAGGCGCGAUACAUUCUAAUGGCACGACGCUCGAAAAACGAGGAAACCGUGAAACAGCAAAUUGAGCAAGCUGUGACAGGACAUAUUGUUGGACGUGACAUGAUCCCUAUACUUGCCGCAUUGGCGAAAGCGGCCCCUCCCCACACUGAAGCACGGCUGGCAUCGCAUCUAGAUGCGAAGAUAAGUUUUAUGUUUGGCCAAGCGGAAGAGCAUCAAAAAGCAGCGCAAGACGCUUGGAAUAGGCUUAGCAUACUGGAAGGAACCAGUUGA